CAAAGGACGAAUUGAUUUAACGAAACAACUUCAAGAUUCUGUAAACUUUAGUCGCAAUACAGUAGAGAAGUUCAUUUCCAAAAGCUCUGAUAAGCUGUAUGUGUAUGAUACAUACCUCUUUUAAAAUACAACCUUCAUUGAUCUUCUAGCACGGCAUUAUCUCCAAAUUUACUAUCUACAACUUUGGUGCCCACAUCGAUUGUGGAACCUCCAAUUAUACCACGACAAGCACAUAACGCCCACGAAUUGUUUUUGCUCGGCCGGGAUCUAUUCACUACAGUCGUAUCUCCUCUUUCUAUAUCGGUACUUGGAUGACUUCAGUGUCGGUCCCUUAGCUGCACCACCUAUGUCACCCCCGCACGAAGAACGUUGACCCCGACCUCUCGAAUGGGCAGAUGGUUGGACCAUCGAGCAUUCUGGGUUCGUCUGUGACGACAGCCCAGAAAAACACAUACGCACAACAAUAUGCUGGAAGGACGAGUUUAGAUCAACCUGGUGGUUUACAGCCGCCCGGUCAAAAUGGCUCGCGAAUGCCCUCAAACUCAACAGCUGCAUUUGCGCCUCGUGGUUCCUCUCUUGCACCGUCCCCCGGCCCGGGAAGUUUCAGCUCGACAAUGCGUAGCCAAAUGCCUAUACGGCAGACUUCGGCCCUUGACACAAAUGCUUCGGUGCUAAACCAGGAGCGAUUAGAAGAAGAAGAUAAUACGAAAUCGGGGAAGCUAUUGUCGAAUUUGCGCGAAUCGCUGAGUAGGGAGAUGAAAAUAAAGGAGGGGAGUGAGAAUAUGUUGGAGGCAUUGAAUACGAAGAAAGCAAAGCAGACAAAAGAGCAAAGGCAGAGGGUGGAGGCGGAGUUGAAUAUAUCCAACCAGAAGAUCAGAGAUUUGAGAUUCCAGAUUACGGAACUGCAAAAACCUAAACCACCCACUACUCCUACGCGCAGUCGGAUGGAUGCUCUCUUCCAGAGUAAUGGUUUGAGAUCACCUCAAAGUGCUUCCAGAAGUGUUGGGGGCUCGGAAGCAGCAGAUGAGCUCACAGAAUCUCCAACAUAUGCGCUGGCUGAAAUACUACAAGCUCUUGAGGUGGAAGGUCUCACUCCGGACUACUACGUGGGCCAUGCAAAUGACCUAGUUGAGCUCUUCAAGCGUCACCCAACCUUGAAGUAUGAUCUAGUGUGGUCAGUAUUUGGCUUGAGAAUGCAAGUCAUGCUCCUGAGUGGGAGCCGAGAGGUAGUAGCUGCAGGAUAUCGUAUGACAAGAUAUGCAAUUUCUGAUGUUAGCUCUUUACAAAAGAUUCGUAGCUUAAAUACUGAUUAUCUCGCUGUCGUGUAAGCAUCGGUCUGGCCAAUAUUUACGGUUAAUGCUAAACAAUUUUUAGAUCACUGAUCAAGAAGGGAACUUCUGACGUGGAACGAGAGCAGGCCUUGAAAUUCAUUCGAGCUUUUCUGGAUGUCAAAGAUGGUAUAAAAGAGGUUUCCAGGGCUGUCGUUAGAACUAUAGCUUCAGUUGCAGAUCAUGAAGAGGAUCGACUCAAAGCUAUCUGCAUAGAAACACUUGCAGAAAUCAUGGUCCGCGAUCCUGGCCUUGUCGUUGCCUCUGGCGGUCUCAGACCUCUCGCUGAAGCUUUAGGUGAUGGUACUUACGAAGCCUCUGAGAGUUUGACAGCAGCAUUUUUGUUUUUGCUUGAUUCUCCUCAUAGACGCCAAUAUUUGCGAUCAGGUUAUGAGCUAGAAAUUCUUUUCACCUCUUUCACAGACUCGCUCUCUGUGAAGGAAGAAAUUUUAAAGCAAAACUCGAAGGCUAUUUCAUAUGCUUUAAACUCAUGGCCUGGUCUUAUGACAUUGUCUAUGUACAACUUUAGAGCUAUCAAAUCACUAGUAUCAUGCUUAAUACUGCCGAAUCCUGUUGUACGCGAGACUGUCAUAGAUUUGUUCUAUGGAAUCUUGCGCAUCAAGUCUCCUUUCUGGGCAACAUCUUUCCUCGCUGGCAGACGUCUCACUACAUACGGACGAGUCGCAAACCUCAAAACGGCACCAUCAAAAGCAUCAGCGCAGCCAGUAACCGAAGACGAGGCAUGCGAUAAAAGCUUUGUCGAUCAUUAUACAGCACUUUUACUGGCUGUGUUAAUAAACUCCGGCAUGGUUGAAGGAUUGUUACAGGUUACUCAAGAUACUGAUAAUGCAAUGUUAAAGCGAAAAACUACCCUACUCAUUGGAGAAGUUCUGAAGCUUGCAAGUCAACUAUUACCCUCGAACUGGAGCGCUGAACUCCAGUUGCUUCCCGGAUUAUUUGCUGCUGCGUCUCAAUUCGGAAGUGAAGAACGAAUCGUGGCCACAAGCACGGUGUAUCAGAUUAGCAGUGUGAGUCGGACAUUGUACAGAUCAGCUCCAUCCAUCUCUACGACCCUUUCAAACAACAAUAGCCAUGAUAAUUUGUCCAGCCUGGGAGAUCAGCCUAAAACUAAUCCCAACGUCUCAUUUGACGAAACGACAUUUAGGCAAAUGUUAGUUGAAUCUCAAGUUUUAGCUAGCACAAAUCCCAUUAAGUGGAAAUGGGAUAUUAUCCUGCGAGUUAUCGAAGGUCCAUUAUUGAACGGGAAGCGCCUUGACGAAGCCGUCAAAGCCUCGAAGUUCAUAAAAAGAAUAAUGAGUUUCUAUCGGCCGUUCAAAUACAAAUUCUCUGAAGUUAGGAACACCAGGAUAAAUCAGAAAUAUGUCAAAGUCGGUUGCGCCCUUAUGCACACUCUCCUUCAAACAGUAGAAGGAGUAAAAUAUCUAGCAGACAACAAGCUACUCAGGCAAAUCGCGGAAUGUCUCGCUCAAUGUGAUCCGGUAAAUUUACCUCCUUUCAUUAUGAUAACUUUUAUAUACUGACAAGAACCAGACGAGUGGCUUAACCGCUUCCCAACCAACAUUUUCAAAAGAGAGACUUUCAGAAACGCUUGCAUGCGGCUAUUUUGCUAUGCUUGGCACUUUGAGUGGUGACCCCAAAGGUUUGCAAAUGUUGGAUCGUUGGCGAAUGAUCAACAUGAUGUAUCAUAUUAUUGAUUUAAAACAACGCCCCGAUUUGAUCAAGUUAUUGUUGUCGAACUUUGACUAUAAUCUACAAGGACACCCGAGAGUCCUUUUAUCCAAGGCCUUGACCGCAGGAUCCAAGGAGAUCCGUAUACAUGCGACGAAUGUCCUGCGUAAGUAUUCCAGUCGCGCCUCAGGAACCACCGACUAUAAAUGGGCAAUCGAGCUUCUGGUUACUCAAUUAUAUGACCCAGAGGUUGAAGUCUGCGCGACUGCCAUCAAAAUUCUUGAGGAAGCAUGUAAUAGAAAAAGUUAUCUCGAAUUCAUUGUGGAGUGUCGUCCAGCUUUAGACCAUUUGGGCGAAAUCGGUGCUCCUUUAUUGCUACGUUUUCUUUCGACUUCGAUUGGAUAUCAUUAUUUGGACGGACUAGAUUACAUCAGCAAUGAAAUGGAUGAUUGGUUCUUGGGACGGAAUGACAGCUACGUCGGAGUUAUCGAGGCAAGUUUAUCACGAGCCUUUGCAGAAAUGCCUGAAGAAUCUUCGCAUCGUAUGAGUAUCGACGAGGAUAGCUUUGAUAUCGACGCCGAAAACGAUACCCAAGUUCCUCCUCAUUUUUAUAGAGAACUUACUCGCACAAAAGAAGGCUGCAAACUUCUUCAAGAUAAAGGACAUUUCGAAGAAUUUGCAUCCACGAUCCGCGAAUAUGGUAUGCUGGCCGAUGAUCAAGAGCUCAUUCUCAAAAUCAAAGGGUGUCUUUGGGCAGUCGGAAAUGUGGGAUCCAUGGAACUAGGCGCACCAUUCUUAGAGGAAUCAGACGUCGUCGAGCAAAUCGUCAAGAUUGCCGAAGAACAUCAAAUCAUGAGUUUACGCGGUACCGCAUUCUAUGUCCUUGGACUUAUCUCUCGAAGUAGGCAUGGACUUGAGAUUCUUUCCGAACACGGAUGGGACUCUAAUACCACAACCUUAGGCGUCUCCCUCGGCCUCUGCAUCCCUCAAAACCUAACCAAAUUCUUCUCCUAUCAACCUUGGGAACAUAAAACCAUCUCCGAAAUCAUCAUCACCGAGGAAGAAAAAAUGGAAAUCGAUCUCGCGCGUAUAGAUGAUGAUGAAACUAAUCAACGUAUCCUGGAACUCGUGGAAAAUCUUGGAAAUAUGAUUUUACAUAAAAAGGCCAUCGGGGAGUUGAUUGCCAUCAAAGAAAAUAAAGGAUAUGCAUUUAAGCAAGUGCGGUUGUUUAAGAAGGUUAUGGUGCUGUUGGAGUAUCAUCACUUCAGACUUCCGAUGCGCAGGUUCGUCAUCGAACUUUUUGAAAAGAGGGUAUUGAGGCGUAUUGUGUUGGAAGAAGAAGAGGAUGAGGUGGAAAUGAGUGAGAGGGACGUGGAGAGAGUGGAGCGGAGAACCCCACGUGGUGAAGAAGAAGAUAGUGAAAGUGAGGGUGUGAGAACGGAACGUCAGAGAAGUGUUACGGAUAUUGGAGCCGUGGCAAAUCAAGCAAACAAUGCUUCGAUAUGAUGUGAUAUGAUUUGUGGUUCUGAAGUGUAGGUGGAAGGAUGGAUAUGUACGAUUAUGAAGAGGAGCUGGAAUGAAUGGGGGAGAAGGGAAGAAACAGAGAGAUGAGAUGAGCAAAGUGAUACAUACAUAACACGCCAUCUCAUCUAUCAUAAACAAGUAUCGAAGACCCGGCCUCGUUCUCCCCGCUUCACUAGCAGAGGGAUUUCCCUAUCAUUUCUUUUAUUCCCUUUCCUUUCUUUCCCUUCUUUUCCAUCUCUGUACAAAAGUUUUAGUUUAAUUUAGCAUAGAAAUAGGCAUAGGCAUAGGGUGGUGCGAAUGGUCGAUUAGGUUGAUUACGCUGGCGCGCUUGAAUGGUCGAAUGGUUGACAGGUUGAAUGGUUGAAUGAAUGAAUGGUCGGCGUUGGUUAUAUAGUGCGAGUAACUUACCUUACUUUCACUUACACUUACCUUACUUAUUUUGAUUUGAUUUGGUAUUUAUGUGCACGGAGAAUGG